GGUGUAGUUUUAAACUUGAGAUGAUUCGGCUUUAUCUUAAGAGGACGUCGCCAUUUUUUUGCGAGAGCGAUUUUUUGACCUCCUUCAUACUGCAAACAGUUAAAUUCUAAAUGGCUUCAACAUCUUCAAGUGAUGGUAAUGAAGACGAAUGUUUAUGUGGAGAAUUCAACAACAAUCCUACUCCUUGGGCCAUGCAUCCUUUGGUUUAUUAUACGCAAAUGCCGUACCAUCGAAAUACGAGAAGUAGGGAAAGAAAAAAACGUAAUCCUAAUUGCUUUGUAAAAGCUUUUAGAUGGUACACUCAGGAGCGUAAUCCGUGUCAAAAAACAAACUCAACAACAACAAAUACACCAGAUAUCGGAGGAUUCGCGACGUGGCUCAAUGACAAAUAUACAGAAUUUCUGCAAGAAAGUCGAGUCGCCCGCAUGAAAUAUACCCUCCAGCAAACUUCUACGGUUGAAAUCGACAAAGUUUCUAAUAAUUUUAAUGCCUCCGACUCUUGUUCAGCAAAGAAGUUUCGAGCUAUAAAAAGUCCGCGGAAAAGACAUCGUAAGCUUACAAACAGCAAAGACAAUGGAGAUAUUCUCUUGAGAUCUAACAAAAGCUUUGAAUUUAUCCUGCGGCCCAAAAAUCUUUCACGCGCUGCUUCCGAAACCAAGUGUCCAAGACAAGGGUCAUGUUGCACGAAUUCUACAGAAACAACAACGGACAAAAAAAGAAAAACAAAAUCUCACAGUUUAACUAGUAUUUUGGUUGAAAAAGAAGUGUAUUCAAUUCCAUAUGAUGCUAUGCAUUCUGAUAAAGUUGUAAGUAAAUAA